UUUAAAGAAUUUAAAACAUGCCUUUUGCGCUCCUGGACGUUUAGUAUUUCUUCACUGAGUUUUCCGAUUUAUUUGCUUAUUCAUAAGAAGGAAAAAUACAUUGUUCUUUCGCUACUGACAGCAUGUCUUCAGCACUCUGGAUUGGGGUUUCUUUAAUAUCAAUUGGAAGUAUUCAGGAUAUAAAUGCGAUAAACUAUGGAAUAAGAGCUAGCGAAAGUCUUUUUAAAUAUAUGGUAGCUAUUUUCGACAAAGGCACCUUUGCUUGUGGAGGUGCAGUAAUAGGUGCGGCACACAUUCUCACUGGCGGUACUGCGCGGGGUUGAAACAAUAGUUGUGCAUCCAAAUUAUACGCCUAUGAGCAAACAAAAGUGGGACCUCAAGGAGCAUUUCUGUGCUAUCGCGCAAUAUUUACGAAGGCCGUUUAUAAAGGAUGACAUCGCAGUUCUCAAAUUAGACGCACCUCUGCUUCUGGGAGAAAAUAUUGUUCCAGUUGAGUUGCCUCAAAAUGAUUUUCUACCGUAUUGUCAAAUGUUACAUUUUGCCGGAUGGGGUUACACACAGAAUGACAUAAAGGAGCCUCUCUUACGAUUUAUGGAUUUUACUAUUAAGGCUCCCAAUACUUCUGACUACAUGAAUAAUGUAUUUGAUGACCGCCUAUUCAACGCUGUAGAUAUACUCGGCAUACAAACUCCAAACCAGGGAGACAGUGGAGGGCCCCUAGUGUUGAACAAUGUUGUAUAUGGUGUACUAUCCGGUGAAUGGGCAGAUGACGUAGCCGCGUUUAUUAAUGUUUACCGUUACCUUGAUUUUAUUAAAACAGCUAUAGAGCUGUAAAUCUGGCAUUAUAAUUGCUGGGAAUUAUAGUUAAUCUUGGAGUAUAGAAUGAAUAACUAAAUACAUAAAUAAGGGAGUUUUUACAUAAGAAACAU